GUUGAAUUGAGGAGGAAGAGGAAGAAAUUUAGAAAAGACUGUCCUAGUUGAUCAUGCAGUGAAAUGUGGCAAUGGGAAAUUUGUACUCAGAUUUGCAAGAUUCUAUUAAUGCACAAUGGACAUGGACAAUAUAAGACAAAAUCAAGAGAGCAAUUGACAGCAGAGGGAUUUAGUUUUUAAUGGUUUUGUAUGAUCAUUUAAAAGAAGGAUUUAAGGUAGAUAAUAGGACAGCAGAAGACAGAACUGUAAGUUGAACUUGCAUUGUAAAUUGAUGGACACUUUGCCGUUCUGUUGGAAAGUUAAUAUAUUCAAUCAUAUUGUAUGUCCUUUCCAGAGAGAGGAAAAGCAGCUUGAGCUGUCCCUGGAAACUCUUAUCAGUCAAGUGGCUGACCUGAAGAACUCCUUGGUCAAUUUCAUUUACAAGCUGGAGAAUGAAUAUGACCGUCUCACUUGGCCUUCCGUGCUAGAUAGUUUUGCUCUGCUCUCGGGGCAGCUUAAUACUCUGAACAAAGUGCUGAAGCAUGAGAAAACUCCACUGUUGCGCAAUCAGGUUAUUAUCCCAUUAGUGUUAUCGCCAGAUCGGGAUGAAGAGAUAAUGCGGCAGACAGAAGGACGAGUACCAGUGUUCAGCCAUGAAGUUGUACCUGAUCAUCUGCGAACUAAGCCUGAUCCUGAGGUAGAGGAGCAAGAGAAGCAGCUAAACACAGAUGCAGCUCGUAUUGGCACUGAUGUGGCACAGAAACAGAUUCAAAGCCUAAACAAAAUGUGUUCGAACUUGCUAGAGAAAAUCAACAAAGAAGAUCGAGAAUCUGAAAGUGGAGGUUUGCGCCAGAACAAGCAAACAUUCAACCCUGCUGAUACCAAUGCCCUAGUUGCAGCUGUAGCCUUUGGAAAAGGAUUGUCCAACAGACGUCCACCAGGAGUGGGAAGUUCUGUUUCAACCAGUCAGCAAGCUGCCAAUGCCAUCAUAGCUGGUGCUUCUACCAUGCAGCAAGUACAAAUGUCAGGCGCACCAAAUCAGCCACAGUCUAUGCUUGGAGGAGUGCAGAUGCCACAAGGAGGGCAACCAGGUAAGAUGCCCAGUGGCAUAAAAACCAAUAUCAAAUCUGCUUCAAUGCAUCCCUAUCAAAGAUGAGCGGGAAGUAUUCUGGUCUAUUGCUGGUCCUGGAUUUCAUUUCCAAGUCAACACUUCUUCAAACUGUUCUCAGCAAUUAAACUUGGAGUCUUCUCUGAAGAUCACUUGUAUCAUUUAUUAAUACAACUGCAUUGAUCCAGGAUACAGAAUAUAGACAUGUAUUUUUCAUUCCAAAUGAUAGAGGCAAUUUUGAGACAAGAGACCGGUUUCUGAUAGCUAAGCCAAGAUGGUAAACAACCUUACUUUUUGUUUACUAAUGUACUGCCUGAUUCUUUGAGGUGAUGCGCCUCUUUUGGAACUGCCUGUUGGUGACUGAGAUUAUAUGAGACGUAUGUGUUUUUUUUUAAAAAAAUAAUAAAGUUCAAGUGCUCCUUCUUA